AUGACGGAGCCUCUCUCUCGCCAAGAAACACUCAGCAUCCUCCGCGCAAUGGGCGUCGUCAUCCCCGAGACCUCGGUGCUUCCCGACGACGCGCUGGACAAACGCCUCAAAGACGCCCUCCACGCCGCGCAGUACAAAGACCGCCUCCCGGACCCGCUCAACCUCCAGUCCCUGCCGGAGUGGCCGAAGCCGUCACCCGCGCUCGCUGCACGCCGCCGUGGUGGGGACUCCGGCCGUGACCCGACGUCGCUCACGAACGCGAUGAUGCGCGGGAACAUGCACGAGAUGGAGCAGCUGGACGCGGCGAAGAGGAUGGACCCGAACGCGGCGGAGAACCUGUACAUGAACCCGUUCAUUUGCCUGCGGAUGGUGCUCACUGAGGUCGUCAAAUUCUGCGACUACGGGUCGGGGUGGGCCGUGGUGGACGAGGGGCUGAUGGAGGAGUUCGUAGCCAUCCGGGUGGUUUCCAUCCGCAAGAUGCACAACAGAGGACCCGUGCUUGUCGUUCUCUAUCGCGCCUUCUCCAAAGAACAAAAGCGAGAGAGUAUGAAAUGGUGUCACCGACAAUCGAAAGACUCGCCGUUGGAUCCAAGGGCUCCCUCUAGGCUGAACCGAUUCAGCACGACCGCCGUAUCCCGGAAGCUCCUCCUCCAGUUGCUCAAGCUCAACGAGCCCCUUGUCCCGAAGGACUUCCCGAUCGAGCGCAAGCCGGACGAGGCGGACUUCAAAGUUUCGAUGCUGCUUUCAGUCGGUCCCCUAGAGCAACAGUCCCUAGCCAAGUUGAACAACAACUUCGGAUGCGCUGUUUGCGGCAAGGAGGGCGCGUCGCGCUGCAGUCGCUGCCAGAUCGUGCGUUACUGCAGUUCAGACUGCCAGCGAGCAGACUGGAAGAACCACAAGCCGGACUGCGUCCCACUCAUCAACGGCCGGUGGUGCAGUAUCCGCGCGACUGGCGACCUGGCGUCCGCCAUCCCGGAGCUCCGUGGCAGCUCUGCUGACCGUCGCAACUGGCAAACAAUGACGAUAAACAGGCACGCUAAUCUGAUCGACCCGGAUCCGUGCCCGCAGAAGAGGACGCGAAACCUGAGCUCUGUCCCUCCGAACGCGUGGGGCGAGAAGCCGUUCGUCGUCAAGUUCCAAGCUGGGAUGCAGCAUAUGCCAAUGCACUUGAUGAUGUACGACCGCAAGCGGUCGUUCCAGGUGUUCUUUGUGCAGCAGGAUGACCCGACGCUGUUUGCGGAGUUCCUUGCUGAGGUGCGCAGGCCGCGCGGUGGGCACGAGGGCUUGAAGAUGUAUCGUUGGGCACGGCGGACGGGCGACUGGACGUUCAAUGUCUGUCUCGAUCGCGCGCCUACAACAGGGACUCAGUGGUAA